AUGACGGGACAUGAAUUUACGUUAGAGAUACUUCACUGUAAUCCUCUACAAUGUCUUGAAGUGAUACGCAUGUCCCGUGAAUCAUUUGUACGACUAUGUGCUAAUUUUAGAGUAAACUACACGUUAAAGGAUAACAAACAUGUGUCGGUUGAGGAGAAGAUGACUAUGUUUUUGAUGAUGAUCGUACCAACUUCUUUUAAUCUGAAUCCAAACAUUCCGGGACAUAAUAGGAGGCUACGGCGGGUGUUCAAGGGAGCAGUUUGUGCACUUGAUGACACUUUGAUACAUGUUGUUGUCCCUGCAAACAAACGAGAUUUAUAUAGAAGUAGGGGAAAAGACGAUUGUUACCAAAACGUAUUGGCAAUAUGUGACUUCAACAUGAUGUUUACGUUUGUUGUGGCUGGUUGGGAAGGGAUAACACACGAUUCUAGAACUUUAUCAGAAGCAUUAGCAAAUACACACGCACCAUUCCCACUUCCACCACUAGAUAAAUAUUAUCUUUGUGAUGUCGCCUAUGCAAACAUUCGAGGUUUUAUGGCAUCGUACCGUAAUGUGAGGUAUUGGCAUGGAGAUUUUCGUCGAAGACAUGCAUUAACGUAUAAAGAAAAAUUUAACCAUGCACAUGCAAAACUUCGGAAUGUCAUUGAGCGUGUUUUUGGUGUCUUGAAAACACAAUUCCCUAUAUUGAAGAGGACGACACCAUUCUCGUUGGUUACACAACGAGACAUUACCCUAACAUGUUUUGCGCUUCAUAAUUUUAUAAGAAGAGAGGGACUACGUGAUGAGUAUUUUGCACGAUAUGAUGAACCAAAUGUAUUGGUUCGGAAUAACAAUGUAGUCGUUGAUAAAUGA